GUUCGGGUUUGUAACUGAAUGUGCAACGUGCCUGUGGCUGCAGUGCAAUGGCUAUUGCAGCGGGCAGAGUGCUUCUAGCACUGUAUUCCCUGUUCUACCUCUUGGGCGGUGUGUUAUGUCAAGAGGAGCGGCCGUUGAGAUGUUUCCAGACCUCUACUGACUGUGGUGAUGGGGAUGAGGCGGAGCUACCCUACAGCGAAUGCUGUGCAAUUGCAUCUGCAGCAUUCAUGAUCAACGACACUUGCUACGAGUGCUCUGGUCUCCUGUCAUUCAUAGCCCAGACCUACGAGGUCGGGGAAGGUGAUAAGUAUGUCAGUGUUGGAGUGCGGAGGGUUGUCAAUCCUGGAACAAACACCUUCUUCUUUAGUGCCGUCAUCAAUGAUGGCACUGCUAAAGCUGGGAUAGACUACGGACAGUUCCCGGACUCGGGGGUGGGGUUCAUUCACGUCAUUCUGAUGGACGAGUCACAAGUUGACGCCGGGAUCGUCAUCCUCGACGACAACAUUGUCGAGUACAACGAAAAUUUCACCGUCAGUCUUCAGCCACUAUCAAACACGUUCGAACCACUCGGCGAUCCUCAAGAUACUGUUGAGGUCACCAUCACUGAUGACGACAAGGUGGACAUCAGUCUGAGUCCCCGUGGUCCGCUGGUAGUCAACGAGUCGUCGUCUCUCGUGUUCCUACUCAACAAGACUGGUCUGGCCGACAGAGCUGUUCGGGUCACAGUUGAUCUCUCAGAUCAAGAAUUAGAGUUUGGUGAUGGAGCUCCGCCCAGUAUUCGAACUUUCACCUUUGAACCCAAUGACCCACCAAAGCAGAUAGAUGUUGUGGUACGAGACGAUGAUGUUGUCGAGGCAACGGAGGAUCACCUGAUCUUUCUGAGAGUUCCGGAGGGAGAGACUGGGGUAAAUUUACCCCGUGACUCCGAAACACUGCGGGUACAGGACGAUGGAGAUAGUGUGCAGUUGAGUCUGCCGCCACCCGGCAAUGCCACUCUGACUGUGGAGGAGUCCCAGGGAGAAGUCAGGAUCCCUCUCGACAAACUGGACGCAACGAGAGGCCAGUACUAGUGAGGGUCUUCACCCAGCCUGUCUCUGCCACAGCUGGUGAAGACUACUCUCCCAUUGAUGCUGUUCUGGAGGUGCAAGCUACAGGAGACGUGAUCAUAAACAUCAAUGUGAGUGCUGAUGGUGCUGUGGAAGACAUGAGACAUCGAGUCCUCUCGAGGUCCUGGGAGAUCGUGGGCUCUCCUGGUGUCGAUACUGCUCGUGCGUAACCAUCAUCACCUACAUCGUUCUGACAGUGGAUGUGAGUCCAGAGGCCCUGACGGUGGGAGAGGGAGAGACUGUCUUCUUCCUGGUCAGCGGGGGUGGAGCUACCCUCCAGCGAGAUGUCCUCAUCUCAGUCUCGUCCUCCAAUGAUCGUGACAUCAUUCUAUCUACGACGACGGUAACGCUGACCCCAGACCAGCUGGAGACCUCAGUCAAUGUGACUGGUUUCGAUGACAACCUGUACGAGGGGGCGGAGUCAGCUCAAUUGGCGAUUACAUCAUCGGACAUUGCUGUGCUGUUUUCUUCACCGUCUCCGACCAUUGAUGUUGAGAUAGUGGACAACGAUUCCCCCCAGCUGUCAUUCUCACAGGAAGUAUACUCAUUCAACGAGAAUCAGAGUUUGGCUGAGAUCUCUGUGUCGUUUGAUGCUUUCACUGAGACGACCCACUCGUGGACUCUGACCUCUGUCCCUCUCACUGCCACCGAAGGGGAAGACUACAUGUCCAUCAGUAGAGCUCUGACGUUCAGUGACAGUGUGAGGUUUGAGACGGUAGGAGUCGUGAUAUUUGACGACCUUCUGAGUGAGGGAAUAGAGAGUUUUAGACUUGAACUCCGUGACGGCAAUGGUGAACUGACUACUAGCAGUCUGGUGGAGAUAGUGGAUGACGAGAAGCUGGAGAUCAGUUUCACUAACGAGACUGUGACGGUGAGCGAAGGAGACGGUUUCUUCUACCUCGCCAUCGUCAAGAGCGGCGUCACGACCUCUGACAUCACAGUCAACCUCAACAUUACAGACGGCUCUGCUCGAGGUGGAGUUGACUAUGGUUUCUUCCCGACUGCCGUGUUUCCUGCCGUCACUCUGAUUCUGGCCGACGAGACCAGCGUCCGUUUCCUCAUCCCCAUCAGAAACGAUGACAUCAUCGAAAUUACGGAGACCUUCAAUGUGGCACUAAUCAUUCAAAACAACGACGGGACGAUCGUUGCUGGAGAUGUUACGAGAACUAUGGUUCUCAUUGAAGAUGAUGACAAGGUAAGGGUGCUGUUGGAGGGGGGAGGGGUGGAGGUGGACGAGGGAGGGAGUGAUGCUGAGAGGACAGUUCAGUUCACCGUGACCAGAGAUGGGAAUGUCACUCUCAACAGGGACAUCCUCGUCUCUCUCUCCACGUCAGAUGGCUCUGCCACAGUUGGGUCAGGUGAUUAUUCAGCAAAGGAGACUAUCUUCACGUUCUCACCAGCUGGACCGGUGUCGUUCACCGAGACAGUUCAAGUUCUGGACGACGAUACUGUCGAGAACAGAGAGAGGUUUUUUGUUGGUCUCUCUGCCCCGGCCGGAGAGACAGCUCUGAAUCUGCCCGAGGAUGCUUCAGUCGUCUACAUCGCUGACAACGACAACAUUCAAGUUGAUUUCGUUGACGGGAUUUACACCGUUUCCGAGGGCGAUGGAGUGGUAUCUGUGUUCUUGAGCAAGAUCGGACAAAACGAGAUUCCGGUGAUGGUCUCCGUGGUAACCGAAACCCGUGACGACACUGCUAUAGCUGGCAGGGACUACAAUGCCACCAUAGAGCCGGUGGAGUUUCCGAGCGCGGAGACCCAAGUCGCAAUCCUCAUUCCCAUUCUGGACGACAGAGUGCUGGAGAGCGAGGAGGGGUUCACGGUCGUCCUCAGCUCAACCGGAACUGACGAGAACGUGGUUCUUGGGCCACGUAACACCGCCCGGGUCACCAUUACCGACGAUGACAGUGUGUUCGUGGAGUUUGAAGAGGCAGCAUAUACAGGGAUAGAGGGAGGAGAUGUGAGCGUGUCGGUCCUACUCCGUGGGUCCACCGAGAGGGCGGUGGAGGUCAGAUUUACCUCUCUUGUCGGCACGGCUGAUGAGAGUGAUUUUAGUCCGCAGUCAGGGUCAAUUACUUUCUCCCCUGGGGAAACCAGGAGAAGUGUCCUCGUUACACUAUCUCAGGACACCAUGUGUGAUGAUGAGGAGGAGACAUUCUCUCUACUACUGGAGAGUUCAGAUCCAAACGUGAGACUGGGACCACGCUCAACUGCCCAAGUCUUCAUUACAGACGACGAUGAAUGCACUAUUCAGUUCAUGAACGAGACAAUGAUAAUGGUAGUGGAGGAGGAUAUUGACCGUCAAAUCACGCUCUGCAUUGGUAUCGGUGGUGAUUUGAUUCUGGACCGAGAAGUCAGAUUUGCAGUCGUGGCCGAAGAACUAACUGAUAUACCAGUCGACCAACAAGCAUUGUCUGGUGUUGAUUUCAUGUUCGACCCCAUCAUAAGAGUUUUGCGGCCGCCUGAGAACCAGAUCUGUUUCAAUGUCACCAUCCUGGGAGAUGACCGCCAAGAAGACCUGAAGAUGUUCAACGUUUCCGUGUUUGCCGAGGAUGAAGAACUUCGCUCCAGCCGGGCCGAGAUCACCGUGGCAAUCAUGUCUGACAUUACCCAGCCCCCAACAUUAGAUCCACAGACACCGAUGGUAGAAUUUUCAGUGGAUGUCUAUUCUGUGGGGGAAGAUGCUGGGUUUGUGGAGAUAGUGCUGACUAUCUUUCCUGCGCCUAACAACACCGAGUUUGUUCACUCUGUACUGUUCAGCACGGCAGAUGGGACUGCCACUGCACCAGAUGACUACACGGCCCAGGUAGACACCAGUAUCACCAUUGAAGGCAACUCAGCCACAGUGCUGGUGGAGAUAGUGGAAGACAACGUGUCCGAAGGAGAGGAGAGUUUCUCUGUCCUACUCACACUACCCGUUGUUUUUCAGAGAGUGGCUCUUGGGGAGCCCAGCACAUCAAUUGUUGUCAUCCGCGAUGCGGGAGAUGUGUUUGUAGACGAUACAGUCACUGGAGAUCCGUUCUUCAUCGUCCCCCUCUCCCUCACCUCCAACAGUCAGAGUGACUCGUUCCAAGAGAACCGAGUUGCCCUCUGUUAUGAGAUCCACGGAAUGCCUGGAGCAGACUUCAACCUCGUCUCCGAUAUCUGCACCUCUGUCAACGCCCUCUAUAGCAUCAGCUCUGUUAAUCCACAACUGAAUUUCAUCAGUGAUAUUGGCGUCAGGGCAGUCGAUGUGAGCGGAAACUGUGUGAAUAUUCGUGUGAACGUCGCGCAAAAUUGCACCCCGGAGAUUCGACGAGGUAAUAAUGACAUCACUGUCCUCCCGAGGUUUGAAAGUGGCGGGAUCUCGGUCAGGAAAACCGGGGCGUCUGUUAGGAUAUCGGUACCAAACUGUGCCAACACUCAGUUGGUGAUGUGGGUCAAGUGCAGGGAGGUUGACAAUCAGCCUCAGCUGAGAUUUGACAUCACACGAGGCUUCAACCUCAACCCAACAUCUCAUGGCCUUCUCGGUCAGUUCUGGAACAUUCCUGUCACUGUAACCCCCUACACUUUCCCCGGACCUGUAGUCUACGACCUGCAGUCACAGGAUCUGUAUCGAGUCGACAUUCUCUCACCGAGCGGCUCGGAGAUUGUCCGCCAGUUUGUGGCAGAGUUUAGUCGUUUGCCGUGGGACCACAAUCGCCCAGAGUCAUGUCUCUAUGCUGGCGACCAGCAGGGAGGGAGAACCCUGGAAUUUACCAGUCCUAAUGACCCUGUCAUCGAGAACAACUACAGACUGUACAAGACAGGGGGCCUCUUCUCUACGGGCUUCCGUUUUUCAAAGUUUAACGAGACAAUCUGCGGAAGUGGCUGAUAUUUUCACUUUUGAAAGACUCAUUUCACAUUUUAGUCGUGUUACGUAUUAUACUAGUGGGUGAAUUGCGCAGAUGUAAUGCGCAUGCGCGUGAGUGUAUCGCUGCAUAUCGCGCUUGCACUGACGAAGACGGACGACGACUGGACGAGAACAAACAUGGCUCUAGUUGGUCUACUGGUCCGGGCGCUUCCUCUGCUUGUCCUUUUCUCCUUUCCAUGCUUCGGGUAUUUCAGCUGUGAAGACGGCCCGGGGUCCAGCGAGCGCUGCGUACUGCAGUCGGACGCGGACUAUUUCCAGUGCGAGGACGGGACUUGCGUGUGUAGGGCCGCAAAGUGCGACGGAGACGCGGACUGUCGGGACGGGAGCGACGAGGCUGCAGCGGAAUGUACACCCAUUGUGUAUGGAGUAAUGGGAGCAGUGAUUGGAGCAGCUCUUGUCUGCUGCCUUUUCCCAUGCCUCUGUGCCUGCUGCUACUGUCUCUGCAAGCAAUCUUGCUGCAAGAAGAAGACCAAAGUUCUCGAAGACGACACCGCCUCUCACACUCUGUCAGCGAUGAACCAUGUGACUCUCUCUGGACAGCCUUCCUCUGACAUUAGAGAGGCCAUGAACGACACAAACAACACUCAAGUCUAACACUCAAUCGGCCCAUAUUUACUUACUAUGUGUUUUUUUCCCUUUGUGGGUUUAAAAUUCAUGUUUGCCUUAUUCUCUGUGUUUACGUAUUAUAAUACUGCUC